CUUGAAAAGUGACCUGCUGGACAUUGAUGUCCUUACAAUAGCCCAAACAAUGACAGUGGACCAGUUCUAUGAUUUGGGAGUAGCUCUUGGUUUCACCAUGCAUCAACUGGAUGUUAUAGAAUACAGGAGGUUCCAUGACAGCGAGCAGACCAUCUAUGACAUGUUGAUGACAUGGAGAGAGAGACAACCAUCUGGCCAAGCAGCAAAGGAAACGCUUCUCUCACUCAUGGAAUCUUUAGAUUCACCAGCAGAAGAAAUGGCCAUCUCAGACAUUGGACUUACUGGAGAAAUUCCUGACAGGACACUACUUGCGCUCGCUCGUCAGAUCAGACCAAAGAAGUUCUAUGAGAUUGGCGGGAAGCUGGGAUUCAACACGUCAGAGUUACAACACAUCGAACAUCGGACAUUAUACAACAGGAAAGACGCUAACAUCCAAUUACUCUCGCGUUGGAUAGCAUCUCAGACUUCAGGGCCUAAAGCAAAGCAGACACUGAAGCUGGUUUGGGAUUCUGUGCAGGACGCAUCGAAAGCAGAGAAAACCAAGGAUGGUAGAUCUGCAACUGGACAUUUUGGGGCCCAUGGAGGAAAGCUGUCUACCAAAUCCCAUGGAUUCACACUCCACAUUCCACCUGGUGCCCUUGAGGAAGAUGAGACAAUCAGCCUUCGGGUACUGACCGAGAUUCCAAAUGGCCUCACACUUAAAGAGGACGAACUUCUAGUCAGCCAUGGCUUCCAGUGUUACCCGUCUGGACUAUGCUUUAAGAAACCGGCAAAGCUGAUAAUACCUCACUGUGCAUUAGUCACUGCUCCUAACAAAGUACAGACCGUACUGUAUUCCUGGAAUCAGUCAGGUACACCUAAACGGCUUCAACAUUCUCCCGACAUUACUUGUUCAGUUCAAGAACGGUGGCUAGAGAUUUCAAUCAGCCAUUUUUCUGGAGGAUACUUUGCGAUAUAUUGGGACUGGCUAUUUCUGAAGGGCAUCUUACUGUCAUGCAUGUCGUUUCUACCUAGAGUCGUGCCUUCAAAUAGAUUACCAAUACUGGAGGUUCGCUUCGCCAAGAAGCCUCAUGGCCAGAAAUGGAACGACGUCCAUGUAUUAAAUGACCCCCAUCUCCAACCUGUGAAGACCGAUGACGAUGAAGUUCUGUUUCACCGAAGCAAACUAAGCGUCACUUGUCAGCCAGUGAGUGGGAAGAGUCCAGAGACACAGGUAUAA